GUUUGAAUGGUCAAGAUGUCAUCUGAAAUCUGCACGUGUCAAUUUCGACGUACUUGCUCUUGUCGUCUUUUUCAAAGUAAAAUACAAUACAAAGACCAAAGCUUUUUUACUUUCUCUGUCUUUAAGCUUAUCAAUCUUCACGAACCCAUAAACAAAAUGUCGAAUCCCGGAGAACUUUUUUCUAUAUCGCCGGAAUAUACCAUCAGCGGAGGACCCUCUCACCUGCAACAGGAUCCGAUGGGCUGUGCCGAUCCACAUGUCCCACUCCAAAACCUCUCAACAGUAAAAAGUAGAAUGGAUUCCCUGCAAUAUUUCCUAUCUCAAUCGGUCAACGCCAACACUUUGAUCUCCAAAGAUCAGAUGGACCUCGUUUCCUCCGAAAUCGCCUCCGCCAUCCAACAAAUUAUCGUCAAUGGCGCCGCCCUCCUUUCUUGCGCCCAAAUAACCAAUUACCCGAAUCCGACUCCGAUCCCAAACCAGACUCCAGAUCCGAAACCCGAGUUGGACGAUUACGAUGAAGGAGUGUCCGAGAUAAUCGAGUUAGACGCGGUGGAGUUGCUUUCGGAACAUUUACAUUUCUGUGAAAUUUGCGGGAAAGGGUUCAAACGUGACGCGAAUUUACGGAUGCAUAUGAGGGCUCACGGAAAUCAGUAUAAAACUCCCGAGGCAUUAGCGAAAAAAUCAGAGAACAAAUGGGAAGUGAAGAAUUCUGGUCGGAACAUCCGAUUUUCGUGCCCGUAUGACGGGUGUAAUAGGAACAAGAAACAUCACAAGUUUAGGCCGUUGAAAUCAGUUAUUUGUGUAAGGAAUCAUUUCAAGAGAAGUCAUUGUCCGAAAAUGUUUCGUUGCAAUAGGUGUCAUAAGAAGAGUUUCUCGGUUUUGACCGAUUUGAAGGGCCAUUUGAAGCAUUGUGGCGGUGUGGAAGAGAGUAAGAAAUGGAAGUGUAGUUGUGGGAAUAGUUUUUCUAGGAAAGAUAAGCUUUUCGGACACUUGUCGUUGUUCGAAGGGCAUAUGCCAGCAGUCACGGAGGAGAAGGAGGAUCGGAAGUUGAAAGGAGUGGUAGCAAUGGAGGAAGAUGAGGAAAAGGAAGAGGAGUUGAUGGAGAGUAAAAGGUGUUUGGAAGAUGAGUUUUUUGACGGUUUGCUUGAUGGGUUUGGAUCUUUUGAGAAUUACUGUUUGCAAGAUUUGUUGUGAUCGUCUCUCAUGAUGGCUUUUAGCAUUUCGGGAUUUAGGUAAUACUUUUUUUUUUUUUUCUGUUUCUUUCAUCUUCAUGUACUUUUUUUGUUAUAAUUCUUUGUAAAAAGAGUGUAGGUAUUGAUUUUUUUCAAUAAUCUCUGUUGUAACAUAUAGUAGUGUUAACUUCUUGUGACAAUAGCAUGUUCUUCCUAUUGUUCUUUUACUUGCAGAAAUAAAGGAUGGAUUAUGUUUGAUUAAUGUGAGUUUUUGAUUCAUUGUGGAUAAAAUAUAGGUUCACUGAUUUUGUGAUAUGCAGAUUGAAUGUUAUUGAUUGUUUCUUCUUUUGACAUAGUGUAAACUCUACUCCUGAGAAAGUUCAAUUCGACCUUUUAUACUUCAAAUAAGGAAAUGAAUGGCUGGGGAGCUAAAGGGAUCAAAAUUAUAGUUGUAGAAUUAUGUUAGUGCUCUUAUGUCACCGGUCACCAAUAGUUGUCCAACUUUGUAGCCAUAUGGAUUGGGUAAAAUGAUUAUCAGGUUGCUGAGUUUCACUAUCUAUUUACUAUAUGUUGCCUAAUAGGGGUUGGAAUCAUUUUGGAGGAACAAGGUCACUUCUAUCUUAUCCAAUUUUUUCUUUUAUUAUUUACUUUUCUCUGUUUCCCCAGCAGAGAAGGAGGGGGGGGGGCGCAGAAUCCUGGACCAUGACCUGCUAGCAACCACUAAGAGAAGCAGAGAAGCCUAGAUUCAAUUGUAUUGAAUGGAAUGGAGAAAAUAAAUACUAGCAUGGGAACCCAACAAGUUUGUGAUUCAAGCAAGUUGAGUUGUGUAGAAUUUAGUCCAAAAGAUGAGGUCAAGUGCUACACUGGCUUCUGAGUUUUCUGAUGAUUAAAUCCUUUAUAUAAUUAUCAAAAUAAACUUAUCUCAUGAUUAGAUAUGAGAUUAAUCGCCAGAUUAACCACAGCAAGGUUUCCUGUUACCAUUCACUUCUUGCCUGAAGUUUCAUUGGCUUCAUGGUCCCCUUAGAGCUUCUCAUUGUAGCCAUAUUAUUUAUUGUAUGUAAUAAUUGAUGGAAUGCUGCUGCUUGGGCUAUGCCUUUCAGUUCUCUAUUUGGUGUUUGUGUGAGUUUUUGACACUAUGCUGUGUGUGUACGUACCAUUUCAAUUUCUUUUUGUUGGACAUCACUCUCAGCAUGGAAAAACUAAUCCUGAUUUUGCUGUUAUUAUUGAGAGGAUGCCAUUGGUAUCUAGAACCACAUUUCUUUACUGUCUUACAUUUUGUUGGUAUCAAUAGAAGUUACAUCUGAAGUUUCCUAACCAUAGUUGACGGUUAUCUUGAGACGGUUGACUGAGAAUACAAGGCUCUGUAGAAUUUCACAGUGUGCAUUCAUCUUAGAUGAUGGGAACUGUCUUAGGUAUAGCCUCCCCAGUGGCCAAGGUCUUCAUUUGUCUUCUUUGCCAAGUCUGUCCUUUUUCUCCCGGGUAAAAAAAGGAGUGUCCUCUGCUUCAAUAUCAACUGCUGCACAAAUUUUUCUUCAAUGGGGGAGCCAAAUUUAAGUUUGAUUCAAUCUGUAAUGCCACAUUGUUUCCAUCAACAAUUCCAAGUGUCAAAUAACACUGAGCAAGUAUUGGUUUUUAAUAGAACUGAGAUGAAGUUGCUUGCUGAAUUCUGAACCCCCCCUUAAAAAAAAGUUGAAAUGCCAUGAUUCGUUUUUACUUCGUUCUUGAGCUCAUGUACCUUGAUAUAGAUAUAACACAGGAUAAUUCUUGCAAGUAUAACGCAGAGAAAGAAGUUGUAAACUGUGCAUGUAAUCCCUGCAAGUCCAUUGAAGAUUCAUACAAUGCAAGUUGGUAGAGUUGAUAAAUCUCACUGACAUUAUAUAAAAAUUUUUUCAAUAUAAUACAUCACAAAACUGUAGCAUUUAUUAAUAAUUUUCAAGAAUUGUAAUUAGAUUGAUUAAUCAAUUAUUCCAUUUCUUUUUCAUAAAUUCAGGCAUUUAACUUCUUUAUUUUUCUCCAUCAAAUUUUAUAGUCCACCUUAGAUUGAAUGGUUUAUCUUCGGGAU